AAGAAGCGUCAGCGACAAGACGUGUUUUGAGUCUUCGUUCUUUCCGUUAUUUUUGGUUCACAAUUUUGAGUUGAAUUAAGUUGUAUGAUCCGUCAACGAAUUAAUGACACAUAACUCCACGCCACAGCCCGACGAAACCCGCCAGCAUAAUUCCAUCGAAGUUUCUUGUUAUGUUGUUCAUGGAUCAAACGGCGAGUAUGUCUUCCUGACAAAAGAAGAGCGAGUCGAGAUGAUUAGGAAGGUUCGACAAGAAACACCCAAGGAUAAACUUGUUGUAGCUGGAUCCGGUUGUGAAUCAACAAGAGACACCAUUGAAAUGUCUAAGAUGAUGGCAGCGGCAGGAGCUGAUGCGCUUCUCGUUAUUACACCUGGUUACUUCAAAGGUUUGAUGACAUCAGAGGCUCUCAUCAAACACUACUCUAAGGUGGCAGACCAAUCCCCUGCUCCAAUCAUCCUGUACAGUGUACCGAAAAACACUGGCAUCGAUCUGCCAAUAGAGGUCGCUGUUUCCCUCUCGAAGCAUCCAAACAUCAUCGGGAUGAAAGACAGCGGUGGCGACGUUACUAAGAUUGGAGCCAUAGUUCAUAAAACACAAGAGAAUCAUUUCCAGGUUCUCGCUGGUUCAGCAGGAUUCUUCCUAGGAUCCUUAUCAGUUGGCGCUGUCGGAACUGUCUCCGCACUUGCCAACGUUCUACCUGGUGAGAUGUGCCAGCUCCAUGAUCUCUAUAAGAACGGUAGAUUGGAUGAAGCCAAGAAGUUGCAGCAUCGAUUAAUUGAACCCAACAGUGCCGUGACUGCUAAGUUUGGUGUGCCUGGUCUUAAGGUUGCCAUGGAAUGGUUUGGUUUCUACGGGGGACCGGUUAGAUCCCCCCUGCAACCGGCAUCAGAUGCGCAAAAGGCACAACUCCGACAGACGUUCGUUGAAAACGGAUUCAUGUAGAAAAAAACAACCAGUCAUUCCAAAAACCUUGUGGUGCCUUUUUUAUCUCACCCAGUUGGAACGGUGACUCAAUUUUUAUUUCAAGACAAUUUGUCAUCGCAAUUACUGUUUGAAAUUUGAUCAUAAUAGUACUGGCAUUUAUAAUGCGCUGGUAUUCAUCUUAAGAUGCUCAGGGUACAGCGACAUUUUAGAGUAAGAGAAUGCUUAUGCAGGUCACAUUGGGUCAUCAAGUCUUGAGGGAAGUUUUGAAUAAAGCCAGUGAUGAAUUAGAGCUGUUGAUAGUAUAAAACAUUGUGAGAAGCGGCUCCCUCUGAACUAACGUUGUUUUCGAGAAAGAAGUUAU